UCAUCGUUCAUUGUUUAAGUGUUGCAACAUUUAAAAAAAAAUAAUAAAUAGAAAAAUUAUACGCCCGAAAACAAAACACGAGGUGUUUCCGUUUCAAUUGUUUUACAUCUCAGCUAUUUUACGAAGGGCAAGCGGAGUAUUCCUGGAACGUCGACGCCAUCUUGUUUUUUUUCUUCUUCCAAGUGACAUCAAAAUGGAUCAGAAAAACAAAACGUCUGGUAGCAAGAGAUUCGUUUGCAACUUCUUCGCCGUGUUCCUGGCCAGCUUGAUAACGCCUCACAUUUCAGCUGUUACGGCUCCUGCUUCAAUAAAUAUGACCCCCGUAUCCACAGAAGCCAACGUAGGGGACAAUAGGCCAGUCGUCGUAGCCGGUGGAUCAGAUCUUCUACGGGCGUUUGCCGCUCCAUUGGCGUCCAGUGGUGUCGCUAUCGAGCUGGAAGAGCUCCUUCCAGAAAUAAUCGAAAAUGGCACGGCCAAUCACAUGACCGUCUUACAGGGUGAGACCGCCCUUUUACCCUGCAAGGCCUACAGCCUCGGCCAGCGAACGGUUUCGUGGAUUAGACGGAGAGACUGGCACAUCAUGUCGUCCGGUAGUCACGUCUACACAGCCGACAGCCGUUUCAGCGUCCUCAACCGGCCCGGUUCGCCUGACUGGAUUUUGAUGCUCAAAUCACCUCAACUUCACGACUCGGGCACUUAUGAAUGCCAGAUUGCGGGUGGACAGGGACAAGUUUCGCACUUUGUGGAACUUUUAGUUUGGAUGCCUGUGGCGUCUGUACUCGAGGGUGGCGAACAUCAUGUCGAAGCUGAGAGUAACAUCCAGCUGCACUGCAAACUUCAUCCGGAAUCGAAGAAUCUUCAGAACAAUCACAGCAAUGGGAACGACACCAACGCCAAUAGCGGCGUCGAAGAACAGCAGACCAAAUUUCCUCAGCUGACUUUACCCACGGUGGGAGGGGGCGGCCUACCGUUCGUUUGGUUCCAUAAUGGCCGGCCGUUGAUUCACGGCAGCAAAUCAUCCGCCGGAUUAGGAUUGGUGUCUGUUUUCUUGGAAGGCGUAUCCGAAUCGGACGCUAGCAAAAGAGACUGGAUGGCGUGGACCAGCCGCCUGGUGAUCCAGCGUGCAGAUCCGGCUGAUUCCGGCAAUUAUACCUGCGUACCGUGGAGAGGGAAGGCCGCCUCAGUCAACGUCUUCGUCUCACAAGGUGAUCGACCAGCGGCGGUUCAGAGACAGUCGGCCCUGAAAUCUUCCAUUCCACUGAAUGUGCUCAUCUUUGGGCUAAAUUUCCUUCUUCUUCAGAUGCCUCUUCAAAAUCGAUAACUCUGAUUUUUUUUUCUUUACGUUGUACCUUCCAUUCGAUUUUCUUUUAUGGUAUCACGAGUCGUUCUUUUA